AUGGACAUGGAUGCUUGGAACUGGGCGUCUGAGUCUGAUUGGUGGGCGCAUUAUCUGUUGACGGGCGACUACAAGUCAACACUGACCCCCCAGCCUGCCUUAUUGUUCGUCAGUCACGAGGCUCGUGCUGAGUCGCUGAGGGCAUACAAGCAACUACAGAUAAGCAAGCCGCUCCUGAGGAGGUGUUUGGCAGACGACGCAGUGGAUGAUCGUCGCCUGGAACGGAUGCGUCACCUGGCCAAGACUCCAAAGCUCAACGUCAACACCGAUGUCCUUGAAUGGGCUCAAGUGAAGCGAUGGAGCCGAAACAAUCCUAGCAAAUGUGGAGCAUUGUUCCUCGCAGCGAGCAUGUCCGUUCAGCACAUCGUCGUGGAGUAUGAUCAUUAUCUGCACACAUCUCUUGUGGCACUGGCGCUCGCUGUACUCGACGUUGAGAGUCCUUUGAAGAGCCUGACCAUCAAGGUCAAUGAUUCAACGACACAGGAGCCCUUCGCCUUCCGUCUGACAAGUCUGCCGGAGCAUGUUGAGACAACUUCGAGGCAGGUCAGCAGCUUGUUUCGGAAGCUGUCGCAGUACGAUGCCUGCAUGCUCCCUGGCUACCGACCGCCACUUGUAGACACUGAGCGACUUCAGCCAAAGACCUUGGAUCGGUCUACCCUGGGCUCAUUUACGCGCCCUUUCCCCCCAGGCACCAGGUUGAACACCGGCUAUGCAAUUUUCAGGGUAGCAUCUGAUCGAGAGGUCAACGAAGCUACUGAGCUAAUUCCGGCUCCUGGAGCCAUGCAGGGAUGGAAAUGGAUGGACAUGGUCGACGAACCGGACCGUACAGCAUUCAACACCAACAUGCAGGGUGAUAUUGCUUUGUUUAUGCACCGAUUAUCAAUAUACGAGCAAUGGGAUUACGAAGAUGGGCGAAGACAUCCGACGGAUAUUAUACCGUUUCAUGGGAUCUGCCUUUCGCAUUAUGGCCUGCCCUAG